AUGACACCUCCCAGCCGAGCAACAGCGUCUUCGACGCAAUCCACCUCGUGGCAGACGCGAACUGGAUCAUCUUCAUCGGACCCCAAGCCUCAAGCCACUGCUAAAGUCAGUGACCUCGAGGACUUGGAAACCGAGUUGAGUGUCCGGCUGGAACUGCGGGCUCAGCUCGAAGAAGAGCCAGAGACUGACCAGAGGAAGGCCGAUCUCAUCGAGAUCAACGACCAAAUCUGCGACAUUGUUAAGGACAUGGACAGAGUUAGAGCCUCUCUCGGUCUCUCGAUGGACGCGGACUUUUGGGGCUCGUUGGACGGCUUGCAAUCCUCCGCCGGCACUGUCACUGCUCAACAACGAGCACGUCAACAGGGCAAUCAAGUUCGUCAACAACAUCGACAACAGGCACAAAGGGGGCAACACCCUCAACAACAGCAACAGCCACAAUACACUCAACAACAACAGCAACAGCAACAGCAACAGUACGCUCAGCAACAGUACGCUCAGCAACAGCAGCAUCAACGCCAGCAACAGCAACUACAGCAACAACUCCAGCAGCUAUCCUUCCAACAACAACAACAACAACAACAACAACAACAACAACAACAACAACAACAACAACAACAACAACAACAACAACAACAACAACAACCCCAGCCACAUGAAUCCCGGCUCGACAAUUCCGCAGACUUCCAAAACUCAUACAGCGGGUUUGUUCCUCGGGAGCGGAAGCGUUCAAUCGGUACCAGCUUAGGCCAUGAAGCUUUCAGGGAUUCCGGAAGUAGUUCGAAGCGUACGGCUUCUGGAAGCGGUACUUACCAUGCUACGACCUUUUCAGAGCCCUUCAAUGCGAGCCCUUUUGCAGGCAACGAGGACAACUACUUCGGCAACGACGACUUCAGUUUCGACGAUUUUGUCGGCGAUGGCUUCGACUCCAGCCCGUUCAUAGACCUCACAUGUGAUGAUGAUACCGUGCCUGGGCAAGGAUUUGCGCAACCAUCUUCAACAUCCUCAGCAACCUUGAAUUCAACCUCACUGUUUCCUCCCUUUCAGAGUAAUCAGACAUCGUACCGCAACCCUCAAGCGGGCAUACCACAUCGCACGAGCUUGCCAGGCCCUCGAGGUCCUACUCCUGCACCUCAGGUUUACAACACGCCUGGCUUGACGCCUGGCAUGAGUGAUAUGUGGAAUAGCCCUUUCUACAACUCUGGUGUCGCCAGCACAUCGAGCACGUCACACCCGCCUCGGCUAGCACGACCUCAACUCCCAAGCUUUUCCAACAAUAUACCCUUUACGGAUACCGGUUCUCUGGUCUUUCCUAGCUUACCCGGUGGCCUGGCGCCUGUCGAUAGCUCGCGGCCAGGCAUAUUGGUCAACGGAGGCUACUAUGCGCCAAACAACCCGGGCUCUAGCGGAACACUGACCGACGUCAUCAGUCGGACUGCUACCUACGAUUCCAAUGUCAUGACCGACAAUCCAUUAGACGUGGGCUUGCUUGGGGCGCUCGCUCUGGAUGAUGAUCCCUUCAAGAAAGAGGACGACAUCAAAAAGCUACUAUCCAACAUCCGGCCAGAUGAGGACAUACCACCGGGGGAACGCGGAGAGACACCACCAGAUCUAGAGUACCCUCUCUAUCCACAUCAGCAGUUGGCACUCAAGUGGAUGACUGAUAUGGAAAAAGGUCACAACCGAGGUGGAAUUCUUGCCGAUGAUAUGGGUCUGGGGAAAACGAUUUCAACGUUGGCACUCAUGGCUAGCCGCAGAGCUCCAGAGGGUGAAGUGGCAACCAACCUGAUCAUUGGCCCUGUGGCUUUGAUCAAGCAAUGGGAGCUAGAGAUUCAAAACAAGAUGAAGGCUGACCGCCGCAUGAAUGUUUAUCUUUAUCACGGCGGCUCCAAAAAGAAGCCUUGGACGGAACUCAAGAAGUACGACGUUGUGCUGACUACGUACGGCACCGUGACUGCUCAGUUCAAGAAACACGAAUCUUAUCUCGAGAAGAUAGCCGAGAACCCGCACGGGCUGGGCGAGCAAGCUGAGCAGCGAUACCGGCUGGAUUGCCCAAUGCUUCAUCCUGACACCAAGUUUUUCCGCGUUAUUCUGGACGAAGCCCAAUGUGUCAAGAACGCCAAAACAAUGUCAUCGAAGGCUGUCCGCCAGGUUCAAGCUAAUCAUCGAUGGUGUUUGACUGGAACGCCUAUGAUGAACAGUGUUUCAGAACUUUCCGCUCUGUUGCGUUUCCUCCAGAUCAAGCCUUUUUGUGAGGAAAGGAAAUUCAAAGAAGCCUUCGGAUCUUUGGACCACAGGCAUAAAGGGCGCGACUUUGAGAAGAGCAAGGCCAUGAAGCAAUUACAGGCUUUGUUAAAAGCCAUAAUGCUGAGGCGCAUGAAGACUACAGUGAUAGACGGAAAGCCUAUUCUGAACCUUCCUCCAAAGGUCGAGCACAUUGAGCACGUCGAAUUCUCCGAAGGAGAGAAAGAAUUCUACACCAACUUGCAAGACAAGUCUCAGGUCAUCUACGGAAGAUAUGUCAGAAACAAUACGGUCGGCAAGAAUUACUCCAACAUUCUUGUCCUUCUCUUGCGACUCAGGCAAGCCUGUUGUCACCCGCAUCUCACCGACUUCGAGGCUAAGUCCGAGAAUCAUCUGGCUGAAGCUACAAUGAUUGAGCUUGCGAGGACCCUGGAGCCUGCCGUCAUUGACAGGAUCAAGCAAAUCAAGGCGUUCGAGUGCCCGAUAUGUUACGAUGCGGUCCCAGAUCCUACCAUCCUGCUUCCUUGCGGUCAUGAUAUUUGCACGGACUGCUUCUCCUCUUUGACCGACCAAUCCGCUAUCCGCGGAAUCAGAAACGGCCAGGACGGAGCUUCUGUCGCCAAAUGUCCGGUGUGCCGUGGCCCCGCUGACCACACCAAGGUUACCAACUACGCCUCUUUCCAGGCGGCUCAUAUGCCCGAGGCCCUGGAGAAGACGGAGACCAGCGAUGAGGGCAGUGGCUCCGGCAAUGAAUCAGAUACAUCGGAUGCGUCACUGGGCAGCCUCAGCGAGGAGAAGAAGCGCAAAGCAAAGCGCGAAGGGAAACGUCCUGCAGAGUUUCAGCAGACCGACGAGAAGACCAUCAUCUUUUCCCAAUGGACGUCUCAUCUCGAUCUUAUCGAGUGCUCCCUCAAGUUCAAGCUCAACAUCAAGUACCAUCGCUAUACAGGUAACAUGCCCAGAAGUCAACGCGAUAACGCCAUCCAGGAGUUUGUCGAAAACCCUGACGUCAAGGUUUUGCUCGUCUCUCUCAAAGCUGGAAAUGCAGGUCUCAACUUGACUGUUGCUUCGCGCGUCAUUGUUUGUGAUCCCUUUUGGAACCCAUUCAUUGAGGACCAGGCCGUCGACAGAGCUCAUCGCAUCGGCCAAAAGAGCGAGGUUCACAUCUACAAGAUUCUGGUUGAAGAAACCAUUGAGGAUCGCAUCACAGAGUUGCAGAACGUGAAGAGAGACAUUGUUGAGACGGCGCUAGACGAGACCCAGAGCAAGCAGCUCGGAAGGCUUUCCAUUGAAGACCUCAACUACCUUUUCACUGGUCGCCGUGGAGGCUUGCGUGGUCAGUAA